ACAAUAAUACAGCGACGCCAAAUAUGCACGUAUUUCCGGCCAGCUCAGCGUACGGAGGAGUGUUGUGGAGCUGUAAUCCAGACACAGAGAUUUAACAGCUGUUAACCGCUUCAUAUACAUCUGCUGUGGGUAAAUUUUACAUUUUAGCGAAAUGGUGCUGCUGACAAUGAUCGCGCGUCUGGCGGACGGACUGCCGCUGGCCGCUUCAAUGCAGGAGGACGAGCAGAUGGGUCGAGAUCUCCAGCAUUAUCAGAGCCAAGCCAAGCAGCUCUUCCGCAAAUUAAAUGAACAGAGUCCAAACCGAUGCACUUUAGAGGCUGGAUCAAUGGCCUUUCACUACGUCAUAGAGAAAGGCGUUUGCUAUUUGGUGCUCUGUGAGGCCGGGUUUCCUAAAAAGCUAGCCUUUGCUUAUCUCGAAGAUCUGCAAGCAGAGUUUCAUGAACAGCAUGGCAAGAAGGUGCCCACGGUCUCCAGGCCCUACUCCUUCAUCGAGUUUGAUACAUAUAUUCAGAAGACCAAAAAGUCAUACAUCGACAGCAGAGCACGCAGGAACCUGAGCAACAUCAACACAGAGCUACAGGAUGUACAGAGGAUCAUGGUGGCCAACAUUGAAGAAGUCCUGCAAAGAGGGGAGGCCUUGUCUGCAUUGGACUCGAAGGCCAGCAACUUGUCCAGCCUGUCCAAGAAAUACAGAAGUGACGCUAAGUACCUGAACACUCGCUCCACGUACGCUAAGCUAGCUGCGGGUGGCGUCUUCUUCAUCAUGUUGAUCGUAUACAUACGCUUCUGGUGGCUGUGAAGUAUGGGAUGUGCGGAGGGAAGAAAAGCUACAGGUGAAAAGCAGACGGACUCUCACAAAACGACAAGUUCCCGUUGUGUUUUAAAGUUACAGCUUGUUCUGAAAGACUGUUGGAUCUGGCAGUUUCCCUCCUAACAGGCUGUCGAGUCCCUAGCAUGAUCCUCACUGGAAUCUGUUUUAUGAACUACACGGAAGUUUGUCUGCACUUGUUUGGAAUGUGAAUGAAAGAGAUAAAGUGUGUUUUCCUGUA